UAUAACGGUGGUCAUGAAGACAUUUUAGAGAAAUAGUUUACGCGUACAUUUAUGAAGGAUGGUUGAGCUCAUGUUUGUAAUUUUUAUUAUGGUUGCUACCUGUAAUGCAACAAAAAAGGCAUGCCAAAGUUCUGAAGAUAUUUUUGUAAAGAUGAAAGAUAAUGGUGAUGCUCUGUCACAAAAAGAUUUCAUUUCAAGUCAUGUCGUUUACGAUGUGGUUGAAUGCUCAUUUAAAUGUCUUAAACAGCAGCAAUGUGUUGGCUUAAACUUUCUUGAAACUGCAAAAGAACAUGAGAUAAACUGCCAAAUUAGCAACACAACAAUAAAGGACAACUCUAAAAUUAUGGCUUCCAGUGGAAAAUGGACUUUUUAUCAAACAAUUUAUUCUCGUUUGGCGGUCAACAUAUUGAAGAGUUCGAGGAUGUUACAAGUCAAAAAUUGGCUGCCUUCAAACUUGAAAGACAAUAACACGGUGCACUGUUACCAAGCAACAGUAAAUGGAUGGAAAGCAAGCACAUUUCACAGUCUCUGUGACAAUAAAGGACCAACGUUGGUUUUUGUUAAAGUGGGAAGUUAUGUGUUUGGUGGAUUUGCAUCAGAAUCUUGGGGAGGUAAGUUACAGUAACA